GCCAAGCCAAGCGCCUGUUUCUGGGCGUAGACGUGCUAAAUAUACGCUAAAAUACACGUAUUAGAUUACUGAUUGACGCCACUGACGCCCCAGAACCGCUGCGCCGCUGGGCGGCCUCUGGCUGUCAGAUCUGCUGUAGCCUCCUGCCGCGCUUUGAGCAUAACUAGUGCGCGUGCGCAAAAAAUACGCGUUCGAACGUACUAAACAAUGCGCGCGACGCCGCUCCUGCGAAACCUCGCGCGCAACGCCCUGCGAAACGGCACCGCGGCGGCGACGGCCCGGGCGACACCACCACAAAGUUGGCGGCGCCUGGCCACGUCCCCGCUCGCCACCGACGCCGUAAACCUGGACCUCUCGCAAGCCAAAGCAUUGACCUGCCACAACAUGAUGUGCGAGCACGUCGGCGAGCCCUGCGGCUGUAGGAUCGCCGCGUUCCUCGAGCGGCGGAGCUUUCCGAAGCUCGAGACGCUGUCGCUCCGCGGCGCGGGACUGCGGGCGGUGCCAGACGCAGUAUUUCGCCUACCGCGGCUCCGCGAGCUCGACCUGUCGCGCAACGAGCUGCUGCGCGCGCUGCCCGACGACCUCGCGGCGCUCGAAAGCCUGGAGACGCUCGACGUGACCGAGACGGCGCUCGAGGCGCUGCCGGCGCGUUUGUUCGACUUGCCGCGCUUGCGCCGCGUCGCCGCCGACGCGGAGCUUCUCGUCGCGCCGGCGGGCUGGACUGCGGCGGACGGAGCGCUCGAGCGCGGCGGCGUCAUCGUCGCGGCGGCGGCGUCUUCGCGUGCGCGGCCACCGGUCGCGGCGCCGCGGCGACGGGCGUUUAGCACCGGUAUUUCGAGGCCCAAACAAAACGCGGCGGACGUGCGCGACCUGCUGCGGACGCGGCUCUCGCUGACUGAUGCGGGGCUAGAUAGGGUCAAGCGGCGUGGGUCCUUGGGAGCGAGAGCGACCGUGGAGCCGAAGCUUACAUGGCUGCAGACGCGGCUCGACCUGGACGCGGCGCAACUGGGGAAGAUGGUUGUGAAGUUUCCGCCGCUGUUGUAUGCAAGUGUCGAGGACAACCUGAUGCCGACGCUCGACUGGCUACAGACACGUCUUGACCUAGACGCGCCGCAGCUAAAGAAGGUGGUUUUGGGGCACCCGCCGCUCCUGGGAAUUAGCGUUGAGGACAACAUCGCUCCGAAGCUUGACUGGCUGCAGACGCGCCUUGGUCUGGAUGAGAUGGGGCUGAGGAAGAUGGUUCUGAGGUUUCCGUCUCUGCUGGCCUACAGCGUCGAGGACAACCUGGCGCCAAAGCUCGGGUGGUUGCAGCGGCGCCUACGUCUGGACGAAGCGCAGCUGGGGAAGGUGGUUCGGGUGCGCCCGCAACUGCUGAGCUGCAGCGUCGAGGACAACCUGGAGCCGAAGCUCAAUUGGCUGCAGACGCGCCUCGACCUGGACGACGCGGGACUGAGGAAGAUUGUUGUGACGUGUCAACAACUGUUGGGCUUGAGCGUCGAGGACAACAUGGAGCCGAAGCUUCAGUUUCUUGCGCGGGAGAUCGGCCUCUCGCGGCCCGAGCUUCGCGAACACGUGCUGAGAAUUCCGGCCAUCUUGGCGUACAGCCUGGAAAAUCGCUACCGCCCGCGCCUCGAGGCGUGCCGCGCAGCCGGCGUCGAUCCGGCAUACGCAGUCACCACGGCGCCUUACACGGACGAAACGUUCGACAGGUGCCUCGAGAGGAGGGGCCGGGCCCAAAUGUAGGUGUGUAAG